ACCUCUUGAAGUAUUGAUGAAGUUCUGUAACUUUAUCAGUGCAAUUAUUUUUGUUUAUUUCAUAUUUUUGAAAUUUUGAGUAGGUACUAUAUAGAGUUUCAAGCAUGACGACUAUCAAAGUUGCAAAUGAACAAGAAAUCAUUAAGAAACUAUCCUCUUAUGUAGAGAAAAUUUCAAAUGACGCUAUCCAUAAUCGCGGAAAGUUUUUCGUCGGCUUAUCCGGUGGUUCAGUCUUGAAAUAUUUAUGUGAAGGGCUCCCCCAAGUGAACACAGAUUGGUCCAAAUGGGUGCUAGCAUUUUGUGAUGAAAGAGUUGUGCCAGAGGAUAGUGAAGAUUCCACCUUUGGAGUAUAUAAAAGAGGAUUGAUUCCAAAAACUAUGUUAAAUGAAAGUCAAUUUAUUACUAUUAAACAGGGUGUUAGUGCUGAAGAAGCAGCCAAAGACUACACUGAGAAACUAACAAGUGCAUUCAACAGUGAAAACUACCAAUUCGACUUACUCCUCCUAGGAAUGGGUCCCGAUGGUCACACAUGUUCUCUAUUCCCAAAUCAUGCACUUCUAAAUGAGACUACUUUGAAAGUAGCGUCUAUCACUGAUUCUCCGAAACCUCCGUCAGCCAGAAUUACGUUAACUUACCCUGUUAUUAAUAAUGCAAGGAAUUGUAUUUAUGCUGUGAGUGGUGCGGGGAAAGCUGAUAUGGUUAAAAGAAUACUAAAAGACAAGGAAGAUUUACCGGCCGCGCGGGUGAAACUAACACAUGGAUCAGUUUAUUGGAUUGUAGACGCGGCCGCCGCUGUACAUUUAUAAUAAUAUAUCUAGACCAUAUUAUAGGAAUCAUUCCAGAUGUCUUGUGCCUUAUUUUUUGAAUAUUUUUGUCUUAAGACUUAAAUGAGGUAUACCUCAAAGGCUUAUCUUUAUAUUUGUUAUUUUUUGCACUUAUUUAAAAGUGUAUUUAAAUUGUUUAAGAUUUAAAGUGCUAGUGAUUUAUGGUGACUAUUUGGGUUGUUAAAGGUUUAGGAAAUGUACAAUGUUUUACAUUCCUGUUGCAUAAAUAAAUGUUUUUGUAUA